AUGUCAAUUGGCUGUUUAACAUAUGCAGCAACUGCCACUCGAUCAGAUAUAGCGGCGGCAGUGGGAGUUCUUUCACAAUUUAUGUCACACCCAAGCAAAAAGCAUUGGCAAGGAAUAAAGCGUAUAUUUCGCUAUAUAAAAGGGACUGUUAACUGUGGUCUUAAGUUUGAAUCCUUCAGUGAAAUGAAUUCAAGCUUACUUGGCUAUUCUGAUGCUGAUUGGGGUGGUGAUUUGUCAACAAGAAAGUCAACAUCAGGCUAUUUAUUCAAAUUGUGUGGUGGAAUUGUUUCAUGGAAAAAAAAGAAACAACCAGUUAUUGCCUUAUCAUCAACUGAGGCAGAGUACAUAGCUUUAUGCUCUUCUACACAAGAGGCAGUCUGGCUGAGGAGAUUGCUUGAAAGCAUUGGUUUUGCACAACAAAAACCAACCACAGUCUAUGAAGACAAUCAAGGAGCUAUAGCACUCUCAAAGAACACAAAGAACCAUGCAAAAACAAAACACAUUGAUAUAAGAUAUCAUUAUAUCAGAGAAGCAAUUGAAAAGAACAAUAUCAUGCUUGAAUAUUGUCCUAUAGAACAACAAACGGCUGAUAUUUUGACUAAAGGACUUGCGAAAGAAAGAUUUCAAAAAUUGCGUUCAACGAUGGGAAUAGACUGUUGA